CAGCCUCGGCCCGCCGGGCCGCAUCGACGGGAACGCUCGUCGCUGCGGACUCUCAGGCACGACUCGUUGAGCCUCCGGAGACUCGGGGAUGACGCCUCGUUCCAUCGCUUUCCAGUCGUGCGGGCGCUUUUGCGCGCUCAGGCGCUCUUGCCGCCAAAACCAGCCGCGCGGCGGUUUUUUGUGCAGUCUGCUCCUACAGCGCUGGCCGGCGGAGUGCUGUGGAGGCCUUGCAGGCCUGCAAGGUCUCAGUGCCACCUAUUUGGCGUAGUUUACGCUGGGCGCGGCUGCCGCUUGAAAGCUAGCGCGGUAAGACACUAG